UCCGUGUCUAUUAACCAUCACUACUGACCAGCCCCGCCAGGCCGCCACACAAGAAACGACGGAGCGGGAAGACUCUCCACAGCUCUCAAUAAAGCUCUUCCAGUCCAGUCUCCGGCCGGCAUCGAUGGCGCCCGGCAAGCUCGCAGCGGCCGUCGCCCUGGUGGCAACUCUCCUCCUGCUCAGCAACAGCAACAUCAAGGCUGCUCCGGGCGGCUAUCCGCCGGCUCCUCCCGUCGGUCCUCCGCCGCACCAGAUCGUCGACCCCGCCAAAGACUGCGGGGGCGCCUGCGACGUGCGGUGCGGCGCGCACUCGCGCAAGAACCGGUGCACCCGGGCGUGCCUCAAGUGCUGCAGCGUCUGUCGCUGCGUGCCGGCGGGCACGGCCGGCAACCAGGAGACCUGCGGCAAGUGCUACACGGACUGGACCACGCACGGCAACAGGACGAAAUGCCCGUGAGCGUCUGCGCGGUGGGUGUGGCCGGUGAGAGCGUGCUCCCCGGCCGAAAGCACCAUGUGUUUGUUUGUACUAUGAUCCAUCGGCUUAGUUGUAGCUAGCUCGUGGUUGCUGUGCUCUGCUGUUUCUUUGUUGGGUUCUUUCUUUCGUUGGUGGUCUCUGCGUUCCCGUGUAAAAAAAGAGUGAGGCGUUUUCUCUAGAUGUAAAAUCCCUCUGGGUUGGAUUGGAUCAAUGCAACAUCUUUAUAUUUGCACGCUA